AGGAGAGGCGGAGCCUGAGGAGGUGUCUGCUGCAAGUUCCUGGCUGCUUCUGAGCUCACCCCAUCCUCCGAGAGGGAGGAGGCCAAAUGGUGAUGCUGCUGCUGCUGUAGCCUGUAUGCUGAUGAUACUCUAGCGGGGCUGGAAGGGUGGUUCCUAUUCGCACCACCGGCAACCAGAGAGGGAGGGAAAAAAAAAAAAAAAAAACAGCAGCCGCUGCUGAUGCUGGGUUCCGAGGCUGCAACCGACUCGGUCACCAGGAAAAUGGAUUCAGUUUGCAGCUCUCCCUCCUUUCAACAGCUUCUCCAGGUCUCAGCAAGGGCUUCCAGGGUAGCAGCUGAGGAGGCCUUAUCAAGGAGCACCACGCAGUAGAUGCCAUAACAUCACAUUCUGGGAUAAGAAGCAGUAACAUGGCAGCACCUGUUUGAAAGAAAUCAAAAAGCAGAGACGCCAUUUAGAAAGGAACAAUGUCCAAGAAAGGGCGAAACAAGGGUGAGAAGCCUGAGGCGCUUAUUGUCGCCCUUCAAGCUGCCAAUGAAGACCUCAGGACCAAGCUCACAGACAUCCAGAUCGAGCUGCAUCAAGAGAAGUCGAAGGUAUCUAAACUUGAAAGAGAGAAGACUCAAGAGACAAAAAGGAUUCGUGAGCUAGAGCAGCGCAAGCACACUGUCCUGGUGACAGAACUCAAAGCCAAGCUCCAUGAGGAGAAAAUGAAGGAGCUGCAGGCCGUGAGGGAGAAUCUCAUCAAACAGCAUGAACAGGAGAUGUCAAGGACAGUGAAGGUGCGGGAUGGGGAGAUUCAGAGGCUCAAGUCGGCCCUGUGUGCUCUCCGGGAUGGCAGCAGUGACAAAGUAAGGACAGCGCUCACCAUUGAGGCCCGGGAGGAGGCCCGGAAACUGUUUGACGCAGAGCGCCUUAAGCUCUUACAGGAAAUUUCGGACCUGAAAACUGCCAAGAAGCAGGUGGACGAGGCUCUAAGCAAUAUGAUCCAAGCGGAUAAAAUCAAGGCCGGGGACCUUAGGAGUGAGCAUCAGUCCCACCAGGAGGCCAUCUCAAAGAUCAAGUGGGAGUCGGAGCGGGAUAUCCGAAGGCUGAUGGAUGAAAUCAAAGCCAAGGACAGAAUCAUCUUUUCCCUGGAAAAGGAACUGGAGACGCAAACGGGCUAUGUACAGAAAUUGCAGCUGCAGAAGGAGGCUCUGGAUGAACAACUCUUCCUGGUCAAAGAGGCUGAGUGUAACAUGAGCAGUCCAAAAAGAGAAAUUCCAGGGAGAGCAGGAGAUGGCUCGGAACAUUGCAGCAGCCCAGAUUUACGAAGAAAUCAAAAGAGAAUAGCUGAAUUGAAUGCCACUAUAAGAAAAUUAGAAGACAGGAAUACCUUGCUUGGAGAUGAACGAAAUGAAUUGUUAAAACGUGUACGGGAAACUGAAAAACAAUGUAAGCCUCUUCUGGAAAGGAAUAAGUGCCUCGCCAAGAGAAACGAUGAACUGAUGGUGUCUUUGCAGCGCAUGGAAGAGAAACUAAAAGCCGUUACCAAGGAAAAUUCAGAAAUGAGAGAAAAAAUAACAUCUCAUCCACCCUUGAAAAAGUUGAAAUCUCUGAAUGACCUUGACCAAGCUAAUGAAGAACAAGAGACAGAGUUCCUAAAACUUCAAGUCAUUGAACAACAGAACAUUAUCGAUGAGCUCACAAGGGACCGAGAAAAGCUUAUCCGUAGGAGAAGGCAUAGGAGGAGUUCCAAGCCAAUUAAGAGGCCUGUUUUGGACCCAUUUAUUGGCUAUGAUGAGGACUCCAUGGAUUCGGAGACAUCAUCCAUGGCCUCAUUUAGAACAGACCGAACACCAGCCACUCCUGAUGAUGACUUGGAUGAAAGUUUAGCAGCUGAAGAAUCGGAGUUACGAUUUCGGCAAUUAACAAAAGAAUACCAGGCCCUGCAACGAGCGUAUGCCCUCCUGCAGGAGCAAACCGGAGGCCUCAUUGAUGCUGAAAGAGAAGCUAAGGCUCAAGAACAGCUCCAGGCAGAGGUGCUAAGGUAUAAAGCCAAAAUCGAAGAUCUGGAAGCAACUCUGGCUCAGAAAGGGCAGGCUUCACACUGGGUAGAAGAUAAACAACUUUUCAUUAAGAGAAACCAGGAGCUUUUAGAAAAGAUAGAAAAACAGGAGGCAGAAAAUCACCGGUUACAACAGGAGCUGCAGGAUGCCAGAGACCAGAAUGAACUGCUGGAGUUUCGAAAUCUAGAGCUAGAAGAAAGAGAGAGACGAUCUCCUCCUUUUAAUCUACAAAUUCACCCAUUCUCAGAUGGUGUGAGUGCUCUACAGAUCUACUGUAUGAAAGAAGGUGUCAAGGAUGUGAACAUCCCUGAUCUCAUAAAGCAACUUGAUAUCCUAGGUGACAAUGGGAAUUUAAGAAAUGAAGAGCAAGUGGCCAUAAUUCAGGCUAGUACGGUGCUGUCUCUGGCAGAAAAGUGGAUUCAGCAGAUCGAAGGAGCAGAGGCUGCCCUGCACCAGAAAAUGAUGGAAUUGGAAAGUGACAUGGAACAGUUCUGCAAAAUAAAAGGCUAUUUGGAGGAAGAGCUGGACUACAGAAAACAAGCUCUGGACCAAGCCUAUAUGAGAAUCCAGGAACUAGAAGCUACUCUGUACAAUGCUCUGCAGCAAGAAACGGUGAUCAAGUUUGGUGAAUUAUUAAGUGAAAAACAGCAAGAGGAACUGAGGACAGCAGUAGAAAAGUUACGGCGGCAGAUGCUGAGGAAGAGCAGAGAGUAUGACUGUCAGAUUCUUCAGGAGCGGAUGGAGCUCUUACAGCAAGCCCAUCAGAGAAUUCGUGACUUAGAAGACAAAACAGACAUUCAGAAAAGACAGAUAAAGGACCUAGAAGAAAAGUUUCUGUUUCUAUUCUUGUUCUUCUCUCUUGCCUUUAUUCUAUGGCCUUGAUGUCAAGGUGCCUCUUAAAGAGUAACCGAAAUCAUGGAUAAGACCCCAGAAAGGCAAACGCUUCUAAACCUUCAAAGAUGGCAAAAAAAAAA